AUGUUAACCUCAAAUCAGCUGACUGUACGCGAGAAAUUGGAAGUUGUUAUAUACCCGAUAUUAUUUACUAACAAAAUACUUUUAAAAUAUUUUAUAUUUUAUUCACAUUGUUUUAACAAGCAAAAUUUGGAAGUAAAUACAUUAGGACUAUUUCACAUUUAUAAACUCCACCUACGAAUAUUCAAAUUCGGAAUAAAUCUGUUGGUUGUACAGAUAGACGCUCCCAAUUCACUUUGACUUUUCCCAAGGUUUUUUGCCCUUUUGCAUUACGUCUUACGUCAAAAAGAAAAAUUCGCAGAACGGGAAAAUUCUAUUUUGAUUUUUCCGCAACACAGUUGAAAAUAGCAAUCUACGAUGCAAGGUGCCUGCUGAAUUGCGAUGCACAAAAAAUGAACGAGAACAGAGACAAAGUAAAAGACAUUGUUUAUUUCGCUGCUAAAGAUGGAAUGCCUAUUAUCCUAUACACUGUUUUAUCAAAACUGGAUCCGUCUGAAGCAAAUUCGCUUCUUAACGAGAGUGUAGCUGAUGAUAAUGGUCAAGAAUGUAGUCCCCUAAUUGUGGCUUCAAAAAACGGCCAUGACAAGGUAGUUCAGAUACUUUUAACUAAGUUUGAGCCCAACAUAGAGCAAGAGGGCACCGUUAAAUUUGAUGGUUAUGUUAUUGAAGGAGCUACAGCUUUGUGGUGUGCUGCUUGUGCAGGACACUUGAACAUUGUUAAACUCCUUGUUAAAGCAGGGGCAGAUGUAAACCAUCCUACAAAAACAAAUUCCACACCUCUCAGAGCUGCCUGUUUUGAUGGAAGGCUCGAUAUUGUCAAAUACUUAACAUGCCACCAAGCCAACAUACACAUAGCGAAUAAAUAUAAUAAUACUUGUUUGAUGAUAGCUGCUUACAAAGGACAUUUAGAUGUAGUUAAUUUUCUGUUACAAAAUGGUGCUGAUCCUAACGAGAAGGCUCUGUGUGGAGCCACAGCUUUGCACUUCUCAGCAGAAUGUGGUCAUGUAGCAGUUGUCAAAGAACUAUUGACCUACGAAGCCAAGUUCUAUACAAAUGACACUGGCAUGACUCCUAUCAGAUCAGCUGCUGAAAGAACAAGACAUAGAGUGGUAGAAUAUUUAAUUGACAGACCUGAAAUUAGUAAAGAGGAACAAAUUGAAGCUCUGGAACUUUUAGGAGCUUCGUAUGCUAAUGAUAAAGAAAACUAUGAUAUUUUAAAAGCAUAUAAAUAUAUGCACAGGUCUAUGACAUUAAGGUUUAGUGAUCCUAAUAAUGUUAUUAGGAAACAGCCUUUGCCGCCAAUAAAGGCUUACGAUAAUUGGGUUGAAACUCAGACUGUGGCAGAGCUGGAGGCAAUUCAGGGAAAUAACAAUAGUUUGCACAUGGAAGCUCUGACUAUAAGGGAAAGGAUAUUGGGGGUGCACAAUCCAGAAUUGACACAUCCUAUAAUAUAUAGGGGUGCUGUUUUUGCUGAUAAUGCUAGAUUUGAAAGGUGUCUGGAACUGUGGUCGCACGCGCUCAAGCUCCGCCAGGAGAACCACGUUUCUGUGGUAAAAGACUUGCUCAGGUUCGCCCAAGUGUUCUCCCAGAUGCUGCACGUCGGCGUCCAGAUCACCUACGAGCAGGUGAUCGAAGUGCUGGCGGCCGCCAUCAUUGAGUUGGAGAGGAACAAGAGGGACUUGGCCAAACCGAGUCCCCGAGAAGAGAAAGAAACUGUCAUGGUAAUUUGCUGUUUUAUGUACAAGAUAUUGGGUGAAAUCGAAAGUAACCUCCUCACCACUCUCUAUUUGCUCUCUAUUCUCACCAAACUGAUGAAGAAAUGCAAUGAGGAGGAAAAGUUCAACGUGCAACGCAUGGUGUUCGCUUUGAACCAGCUGCAGCUGACCGUGAGAGGGGGACAGACAUUGCUGCAUUUGGCUUGUAACCAUGAAACGCCAGUGGAUGAUUUUCAUACAAAGGAUGUAUGCAAAUUUCCUUGUGCUGAAACUACAAAACUUCUCAUCAGAUGUGGUGCCAAUGUGAACGCAAUGGACAACGAAAGAAACACCCCUCUUCACGUGAUAGUAAACUACAGGAAAGCUAUAGCGGAUUUUUUGACGUUGCAUUCUAUCAUCACAGACUUGACGGAAAAUGGUGCUCACACUGAUAUAGUUAAUAACAAAGGCGAAACUCCGUUAGAAGCGUCAACAACAGGUGUAGCGGAAAUAAUACUCAAGACUCAAGUCAAAAUCAGUCUGAAAUGUUUGGCAGCGAACGCCAUCAAAAUAAACAAGGUACCCUACCGGGGUAACGUACCACCGGGUCUGGAAGAAUUUAUAGAACUUCACGGAAGAGGCAUAGAACGGUGGGAGAAGAGUAGGAAAGAGCUGAACGCUUUAUGAUUAUAUUUUAGCCUAGUUCUAGUCGAUUUGCUAAGGCAGAACGCGAUUUAAAUAAAGCGCGA